AUGUCCCAACUGGCACAUUGGGUGCUCGGCUUGGCAGUGGAUGGACAGAGGGCGAGGGACCUCGUUCACCCACAUGCUGCUGACAGCCCAGUUGUGUUGCAUUGCUUGGUGGUUUUCACAGCUGCCUUUUCGGCAUGGCUCCGAUGGGACACCGCGCCUACCUUGGGCAUGUGUCCCACUCUGGAUCUCCUUUCUAGAGUGUUGGACACGACAAGCGUCAUGACGAUGGGCGCUAUGAUCCUACCGGACUUGGCCUUCUUGGAUAGGCCUUUGGAAAUUACCCCAGCCAGGUUAGCCAUGGAGAUGGAAACCGUGAAGGCCGAGUUCCGGAACCUCAAUGGGCCUCUGAUGAGCUGGAGACGAGAGGCUCCGGGACACUUAGGAGCAGGCCUCGAUCGAUUGACGUUGGCCGUCAUCCAGGCUUGCCAAGAGUUGGCGUACUACGAGACAAUUCCGAUCUUGACCGUGGUGAGUGAGAACUUGGAGAGGUGGAACGGUAUCUUCACCGACCUUCACCUGAGGGUCCCUCCGCAAACCCCAGCUUUGCGGGUCUAUGUCACACCGACAGCUGGGUCAGACGGAGCACCGGUUACCACCAUGAGCCGGGCACGAGUUGCUGAGGAGACAGCUCGUUUGCAGGCCGUGGCGUUGCAAGACACCAGAGAUGCUCACCGAGGAUUGAGAGAGUGCCGGUAUGUGAAUAGAGUGACGUCGAUCACUUCGAUCGACCGUGAAAAAGUUGACUCGUCGCUUCGAGUCUUCACCUCUGUCGAUCUGCAUGUUCAUCGGAUCGGAGGUCAGAUGUCGGCUCAAGAUUCAGGUGGAUUAGCUAGGGUGUGGCAAGUUUUGCGUGAGACUGGACAACAGGAAUCAGGUCGGAAAGACGACAUCCCCACUCAGGCGAGAUGGGAUGCGCCGGCAGUGAGACCGGCCAAACGAGCUUCCUUACAGGCUGCAGUUGAUGCCGCGUUACCCAACAACCGGCGUCGGUGCUUGGAGGCUUUGGAGAGAGACAUCACACCGCACAACCCUCGUUUGACUCAAAGGUCGAAACCUACGUCUCGGUGUGUCAAGCAUGACAUCCCCGUGGCCAGUCUCCUUGGAUUGGGACCAUCCACUCUGAAGGAUUCAUUUGACGUUGAGAAUCUGGCGGAGAUCCGGGUGGAACAUGAGAUUGAACCCUUCUCCAUGGCUCUUUUGCAUCCCGAGUCGCGUCAACGACAUGCGGUACGGCAGACAGACAUUGUCUCCAACUCGCCUGCUGUACCAGCUCAGGAUGUAGAGGAACAUCCGACCUUUGAGUCGGCACUGCCGAUGCCGAGUGCCAAUGACAAGAGCAAGGAGGCCGUCACAUCGGCCGAGGCAAGGGGCAUCAAGACGUCACCAACCUUGGCCUUGAUAGCGGCCGACAGAGACACCUUCGUAGCACAAGUGGUGGGGCCCCUCCUCGAUGGAUACAAGAAAGGGGCCCGAGAGUUUUCCCUCGAAGAUGAGGAGAAGCCCAUUGCAGCAGCAGUCCUAGAGCACAUGUGGAGUGAGGCAGCAAUGCAAUGGCAACAGCGCCAGGCGAGCGUCCUGAUGGCGACGGCACCGUUGGCGAUGCCCGCAGGGUACAAUGACAUCACGGUCGACGGACGCCCUAGGAAAUUCCCAGAGAAGGAGGUGCUAGGCGCAGAACAGGUCUUGGGAAGGAUGUGGCAUGAGCACACCGUGUCCAAGACAUACGCCCCGGUGCAGUUGGGGGAGAUCUUGGCAAAACGGUCGUUCACCGCGGCUGGGGAAGUCAGUCCCCUGCAGAAACAGACGAAGGCAGUGCAGAUGCUACGGGUGCAAGACGACCAGAUCAUCCAAGAGGAGGACGAGAAAUCGUGGACACCCAGGAGGAAGACCAUGUCCAUGUUCACGCAAUUUGCGGACUGGUUCAUACAGAAGCUCCGAGCGCGACCAACCAAGCUCGAGAACCUCCGCAUGUUCUGGGAGUCGGCCGGAUGGAAGAUGGCCAUGGGGAUGCGAUCGGGCCAAUCCUUCGGAGACAUCUCAACCGAAGUCAUGGCAGACGUGUGCUUGCUGAAUGAGGCCAUGAGCAAGGAGUUCCCCAUAGACACCAAGGCCACGACCCCAAAGAAGCGCCCGGUGACAGAGGAGAUUGGGCCCCCGUCCUCCAGACAGAAGGGGAACUAUUGGGGCCCUGGGAACCACUACAAGGGAUCCAAGGGCAAUCAGAACGGACGUCAACCCAAUUACAACCAGUGCUUCUUGCAAGACGAUUACCAGGCCGUGGCUGAGCUGAUCCAGAAGCAAGACCCUGGACAUCAGUGCCUGAUCGUGGUCACAGCGGGCACCCCAUGCCCCGACUAUUCCGCCGUGAUGGACAAAUCAGAGGGCCGCAAACGCCCAGAAGGUUCGAAGUUUGGGGAGUUCAUCGACCGCCUCAUGAACCUGAGGGAGCUACCCGGCCACAAGCUCCUCACGACUGCAGAGAACGUUGUCAUGAACCACCCAUCUGACUGCCAAUACAUCUCGGAUAGACUGGCAUCGGAUCCCAUUGUGUUGGACUCCGCAGAUUGCUGUAUGGUCUCGAGACCACGACUAUGGUGGUCCAACAUCAAGUGGCAGGACAUCAAGGAGCACCCGUUGACAGGCCAGAAGGUACAGUGGAGCCAAUUCAAUGGCCACCGACAAAUCAAACUGGUGCUGCCACAACAGGAUGUUGCCAAUUUCAAAAUGGGAGGCCUGCGCUUCCACGAGGACGUCUUGCAGGGCCGCAAACAUGCUUUACGACGCCGAGUCCAGAUUCACAGGGCCGGGCCUCCCCAGCCAAGAACAGGCUCAGGACGUCCGAAGCUGCACGUCAACGAUGGUUGGCAGACAACCGGCAAUUUGCCCCGCGGCAUGACAACGACCAUGCCAUGGCUUGGAUGGGAGAGGAUGAUGGCCAACUCCUGGCACUUAUCGUCAGCGUUGUUGAUGCCGGCAUUCAUGUUGCAGUGGGCAUACGGACAAGGAACACAGGUACCCGUACCAGUCCACGAGUCUGCGAUCCAGAAGGCAGUCUACACCAACAAUGGUGACAAGAGAGUCACACAGGUACCAGUUCUUGUCGAACUACUCAAAUUGGCAGGUCAUCAAGGCCACUCAGAAUUGGAGAAGGACUCACACAAGGAUUUGACAUGGUUAAGUCUGACACCGGGAACAGGAUGGUUGCCUCGCCUCGAUGGGCGUUAUGCGGCACCAAUCUCCAUGGAGGAGUUCUACAGGCAGAAUUGCCUCUACGUCCAAGAGAAGUUGAAGACGGCUCGGCCUAGCCCUCACUGGAGAGUCAUGCUCGACGAGCUCCUGGCCGAACAGCAGAAAGGACAGGUAGAAGGUCCACUCCAAGCGCCAGAGGCCUGGGGCAUGACCCUGCCUGAAUGCGACGGCAUUUCCCUACAGAGGGCACCUACUGAACGGGCCUGGGCGGCCAUGUGCUUUGAAGUGGUCCAAAGUGACAAGGUGAGGAGAUGCGAGGACUACCGGCGAAGCUACCACAACUCAACGGUGAGGGUCGGCGAUUGCCCGCACUACAACGGUGGAGUGCUAGACAGCCGUGACGCGUCACCUCCAGCGGCCCAUCUUUGUGGCGCCACCGAGCCGCACCCUUCGGAGGGUGGCAUCAGUGUGGGCCUUCUGUCGCUUUGGAGACGGCUUGGCAUCUUUAGCUCGAAGAUAGCUGGUGGUACGGGCCAUUUCGUUGACGACUGGGCGGGCGUGGAGUUAGUUGCAACUUCACAGAGCUCGUGUUGGGCUUUCAAGUCAUUCUUCCAGCAGUUGGGCCUGGAUAUGAAACCUGAAAAAGAGCAGCUCCCAGCCAAGGCACAGAAAGUGCUUGGAGUGAUCGUCAGGGCUACGGAGGACAUGCUGCUCGUGGAGAUCUGCCCCAAGCGGAGGGACAAGUUGUUGGUAGCCUUGUUGGACGACUUGUUGACAACAAACACGUUGACCCCAGAUGAGGCCCAACACAUCUCGGGGAAGCUGGGCUUUAUGGCGACCACGCUGUUCGGAGGAAUGGGGGCAGCCGCCAUUCAACCGUUCAAUGCUAGGGCUCACUCCCUGUGCGAACAGAAGAACAACAAGCUCACCUUUGCCCUACGGGCAUCCAUCCACACGUUGAGGCAGCUGUUGAUGGAUAGCCGGCCACGAUCAAUUCCAUGGGUAUCACAAAGCCCAACCGUCCAAGCAGUGAUCUACUCUGAUGCCUUCUUCCAACUCGGAGAAAGACAACUGAAGCCGGAACAGGUACCAAUGGAGUUCGUGAAGAAAUUCGUGUCCAGGAAGGCUUUCAUCUACAUGAUGGAAAUCCUGGCCGCAGUCGUGGCAGUGGUGUUCAUGCAGGACGAAUUGCCACCAUACUUCAUCACGUUCGUGGACAACCAGGCAGGACGGCUUCCCGUCUUCAAGUACGUGCCGUCAACACUGAACAUCAGCGACCCCGUAAGUCGCCACGAUACGUCCAUGGCAGAGAAGGCUGGAUGGACAGAAAAGAAGGUAGACUGCAUGGCCUUGCUGUCAGCCUUGGAGUCGUUUGCACAGGAGAUGCCCGAGAAGUUGGACGAGAAGGCGCUAUCUCACAGUGCGUUAACCGCGAUUGCUCAUGCGGGCCUCGGGCAUGUGGAAGAUGUGGGAAUACUGCAGUACACAUCAGUACGCUGCUUGGACAUUUCCAAGGAGUUGCUCACAGAUGGUAUGUGA